AUGGCAGACGCUGCGACGACGACUCCCACCGCUCCUACGACGCCCUCCGCCUCUGCUGGCCAGCCGCCCGCACCCCCGUCCGCGCCCGCGCCGUCGCCCGCACCAGAGCUGCCGCCCGCGCCGCCCGCCGCCAAGGCCGCCCUCCGCCCGCAGUCGCCCAAGGCCCCCGCCGAGCCGGACGCCCACGCAGGCGCCCCCAGCGAGCGCCGCGACGCCGAGCCCGUGCCCAAGAAGCGCCGCCUGCUGGAGGCCUCGGAGGCCGCCGACGCGCAGGAGCCGCCCGCGCCCGCCAGGCCGCUCAGCGACCCGCAGGACAUCCUCGCCAAGGCGUGCUUCGCCGUCGGGAUCGACUCCGACCUCGCCGAGAGCGUGGUGGAGGAGCCGCUCCCGCCGCCGCAGGGCUCCCAUCUGCCGCCGCAGCCGCACGCCGAGGCCGUGCACUACGUGCAGGGCUGCGGCCGCCGGAGGUGCGCCUCCACCCCGCCAUGCCGCACCCGGCCGCCGCCAACGGAGCCUUCCCGGUCGCCGACGCCCGCCUGCAGUACCACCCGUUCGCGCCGCGCUUCCCCGAGCCGCCCUUCGCCCUCCCGCGCCGCCUGCCCGCCCACGCCGACCCGCGCCACUGCCACCCGGGCCCGCAGCCCAGGUACCAGUACGUGGCGUACCCGCGGGGCGUGCCGCCGCCCAGGGCCAUCCUGGUGUCGGAGCGCGCCCCUCCGCCGCACCACGCGGCCAUGCACCACGACCCGCGCCGCCCCGCCCCCCGCCCAUGCAGCCCGACCCCCGGGGGCCGCAGCCGCCCAUGCCCCACGCCCCGCGCCACCCGUCGCCGCCCGCGCCGCAGCACGACCCCAGGCUCCCUCCGCCGGAGUACCGCCACGCGCCGCGGGCGGCCCCCGAGGCGAGGCACCUGGCGCCCGGGCAGCCGGAGGUGCGCUACAGAGUGCCCAUCAGCCACCACGAGGUGGCCAUGGUGGCGCCGGUGGGCCCCGCCCCCUUCGCGCCCGCAGACGGCAGCCGCCCUGGGCCUCCGCGACCCAAACUCGACCGGCAGCCUCACGGCGAGCCCCGCCCGCACCCCUACGAGAUGUACACGCCUCCCCCCGGGUCAGCGCACUCCCCGAAGGAAGCUUACGCCCCCGUCAGCCCCCACGCCCUUCCGGGGAACCCCCACUACGGGCCCCCGCGCGUGGUGGACAGAUACAACAAGCACCCUUACGGCCGCGUCGAGCUGGGCCGCGAGUCCGGGCCGUGGCACGAGCAGGCGACCCCGCCCCCGAGCGCCCCCACGCAGCCUCGCCCGAAGCCCGCCCUCGGCCCCCAGAGCCCGUCCGCUCGCCGUACGCCAGCCCCCAGGAGGGCGCGUGGGCGGCGAAGCGGUACCCCGACGCCCAGGACAAGGCGGGCGAGUUCAUCCCGCCGCAGAGGCUGAGGGAGCCGAAGCCGUGCGUCGAGCUCAUCCCGCUGCGCCUCCCGCCCAGCCAGGAGAAGGAGAAGAGGCCUGGAGGCGAAGGACAUCCGGUUCCUUCCAGCCCAGGCCCUCCUCAGAAGACCCAGGUGACGGCGCCCAUUAGCCCCGCCACGGUCACGCCCGUUAACCGCAAGGCUUCCGAAAAGGGAGCUCCGGCCGAGAAGUACGCUCGGAUUAAUACUCCCGACGACGGCGAAAUCCAGGAAGUUUCUCAGGGCAACGGCAGACUACAGCUUCCGUCAGGUUUAACCGUGACGGAGACCGCGGCGUCGCCUCCAGUGCGCCACAACGCAGCUGCGAAACGAGAGAACAGAGACGCUUUUGCGCAUCCAGAAAAAUCUGACGAGUCUGCCAAGCGGUCACACAGCGGUUCAGACAGCGCAGGAGUCCCACAGGCUCAUGCUGAUCUGCGUAAGAAAUCAGAAGCUUCAACGGAAGGGAACAGCAGACCGCCAGAGCCCCAGGAAAACUGCAGAGAAAACACGCCAAACUCAGCAGGCGCGUUGGAACUGACCGCCAGUCACCACGAACCGCUCGAAUUGAAACACGACCGAGUUUCUGCUUCGAAACGACAAGCGGAAAACGGCGACCCUCAUCCUGCGACGGAGGAGGGACACCACCGAGGCUUGCCCAGCGCUUUGGAGCAAUAUUACAGCCUCCACAGCUCCUACUACGUGAGCCAGGGCAGAUCAGCCUCUGAGCCGCCGCCGGGAGCAGCAGGUCCCUCCGCAAACCUCCUCCCGGGCAUGCGGCCGGCCUCGCUGCCCGCCGCCACGCAGAUCUCCGUCUCCAGCGCCCCUCCGGCCAGGGACGCCGCGCCCCCCGCCGGCCCCAAGAUGAACGGGAGAGCGAAAGGAGCCCCGGAGGGAAACCACGACGACGACGAGGCGUUCGUGGAGCGCCUGAGGUUCGUGCUCGACGACCUGGUGUCCGUCCCCGAAGCCACGCUGCCCAAGGCGUCUCGGUCCCCGCAGCAGGUCCUGGCUUACCUCGUCAGGCAAGGGGGAGCCAAGCCCUCCGAACACCCCUGCCUGCGGGAGAGGCUCAGGGAGGACUUCGUGACGAUGGUGAAGCGGUACAUGCCAGGCAGCACCAUCGCGGACUGGGGCUGGGACGCGUGCACGCCGGAGCAGAUCCUGGACCAGCUGAUCAAGGUGUCCACGGGCGGCGACGACGGCCUCAACGGCGGCGAGCGCUCCGCCCGCACCGCCUCGGCCGCGCAGGACGACCCCCUCGAGGAUGACGUCUUCACCUCCUCCAGCGACGGCCCUCAAGGCCCCAGAACCGCGCCCGUGUCCCAUGCCCAUCCUCGCCCCAGCUUGCCCACGCCUCCUGCCCACAGAGCGUCGCCGCCCGGCACUAGCAGUUCCCAGCCCUCGGCGCCCCCCAGCACCAGCAGUUCCCACACCCGACGCCCCCAGCUAUAGCAAUUCCCACACCCCGACGCCCCCCAGCACCC